CCCGAGUCACAUUUAAUCCGAAAUUGUUCUGUUUUGGUUAUUUUUGUUAUGGUUUGUGCGUUAAGUUUUUUUUUUAUUUUUUUAAACGGUCGCUCCUCACUUUCCUCCUCAGACCUGGGGCUGAGGUGCGUCUGCGCUGCUCGCUCGCUCGCCCACUGCGUGUGACGUCAAACCAGCAUGGCGGUCAAGGUGCAAUCUACCAAACGUGGGGACCCAAAUGAGCUGAAGACCAUUUUCCAGAAGUACGCCAGUGUAGUGGACAAGGAUGGCGAUAGGUUCAUGACCCCGGAAGACUUUGUCCAGAAGUAUCUGGGACUGCACACACGGAUUCACCACAACCCCAAAACGGUCCAGCUCAUCGCCGCUGUAGCCGACACCACAAAGGACGGGCUGAUCUCAUUCCAGGAGUUUCUUGCUUUUGAAUCGGUGCUGUGUGCGCCUGACGCCCUCUUCAUAGUUGCCUUCCAGCUGUUUGAUAAGACUGGAACCGGCACUGUUUCAUUUGAGAAUGCGCGAGACAUCUUUAGCCAGACCACAGUGCACCACCACAUUCCCUUCAACUGGGACUGCGAGUUCAUCCGUCUCCACUUUGGCAACAACCGCCAGAAACAGCUCAGCUACUUGGAGUUCACCCAGUUCCUGCAGGAACUGCAGCUGGAGCACGCACGCCAGGCGUUUGCCCAGAAGGACAAAGGGAAGAAUGGCGCCAUCUCCGCGCUGGACUUCAGUGACAUUAUGUCCACAAUCCGGCACCACAUGCUCACACCCUUCGUGGAGGAGAAUCUCGUCUCGGCUGCAGGGGGCAGCACUGCUCACAUGGUCAGCUUCUCCUACUUCAAUGCCUUCAAUUCCCUCCUGAACAACAUGGAGAUGAUCCGUAAGAUCUACAGCACAAUGGCCGGCACACGGAAGGACACGCAAGUGACUAAAGAGGAAUUUGUUCAUGCUGCCAACAAGUUUGGCCAAAUUACUCCUAUGGAAAUUGAUAUUCUGUACCAGUUAUCAGGCCUGCACUCUGCUUCUGGACGUCUGAACCUGGCCGACAUUGAAAGAAUAGCUCCACUAGAGGAGGGCAGUCUCCCCUAUAACCUGGUUGAAUCCCAGAAACAGUCCCACGGGGAAUCUUCCAGGCCUGUGUGGCUCCAGGUUGCAGAGUCGGCCUACAGGUUCACUCUGGGCUCCAUUGCUGGCGCCACCGGAGCCACAGCAGUGUAUCCAAUCGACUUGGUGAAGACCCGAAUGCAGAACCAGAGGUCCACCGGAUCAUUUGUCGGAGAGCUGAUGUACAAGAACAGCUUCGACUGCGCAAAGAAGGUUCUCCGCUACGAAGGUUUCUUUGGCUUCUACAGAGGUCUGGUUCCUCAGCUCAUUGGUGUGGCGCCUGAGAAGGCUAUCAAACUCACUGUGAAUGACUUUGUAAGAGACAAAUUCACAGACAAAGACAACGCAAUUCCUUUAUUUGCUGAGAUUCUGGCUGGUGGUUGUGCCGGAGGCUCACAGGUAAUCUUCACCAACCCUCUGGAGAUUGUGAAGAUUCGCUUGCAGGUCGCAGGUGAGAUCACCACUGGGCCUCGAGUCAGCGCUUUGAGCGUGGUCCGUGACCUUGGCUUCUUCGGCCUGUAUAAGGGUGCUAAAGCUUGCUUCCUAAGGGACAUUCCCUUCUCAGCCAUCUACUUCCCUGCAUACGCUCACCUUAAGACUCAAUUUGCUGAUGAACAAGGCAGACUAGGACCUCUGCAGCUUCUUAGUGCUGGAGCAAUUGCAGGUAUCCCUGCGGCCUCCCUCGUUACACCUGCUGAUGUCAUUAAGACGCGUCUGCAGGUCGCAGCACGAGCAGGACAGACCACCUACUCAGGGGUUGUUGAUUGCUUCAGAAAGAUUAUGAGGGAGGAAGGGUUCAGCGCUUUGUGGAAGGGAGCAGGAGCUCGAAUGUGUCGGUCCUCCCCUCAGUUUGGUGUGACUCUGGUGACUUACGAACUUUUGCAGCGGUGGUUCUACGUUGAUUUUGGUGGACAUCGCCCAACUGGAAGUGAACCGUCACCCAAGUCUCCCAAUUUAGAGCUUCCUCCCAUCAACGCGGAACACGUCGGAGGCUACCGCCUGGCCGCAGCCACUUUUGCCGGAGUGGAGAACAAGUUCGGCCUCCACCUCCCCAAAUUCAAGUCGUCUGGCGUCACCUCCAUUCAUCACCCAGAGGCAGCUGUCUCUGGUCCAGCGAAGGCACCAUAAGUGCCAGCAGCUUCAUAUCGCCUCUCCACUACCAGGAGCCAGACACGUAGAUAAACACAAACAAAAGCACACACACACGACUCCACACGUUAGGGACCAUUACCAUGGGAUCAAACACCACCAGCCUGUUGCCCUCUCCAGGGUGACGGUGUGCUCCAGUGGUCAGCGGUCAGCUUGCGGGCGUGGAUACGGGCGUGGCUGGAGGCCACCAGGCAGUCGGCCAGCGUCAGGAGAGGAGCGCUGACUGUGUUGCAUCUACAGUGGCUGUGUGCUCCUGGGAACUCCAUCUUUUUGUGUUCUUCUUUUAAAACGUUUGUGUAAAGCUGAACCUUGGGCACUCCUUUCUGUCUCUCAUGAGUAGAUGAUUUUUUUUCUUCUUUUUUUUUUCUGGUACUCGGUAUGAGUAGGACUUCUCUUUUUGGGCGGUGAGCAUAGGAUAUAUCCGAUUUGAUGUGUGCAGUGUGUGAGGUUUUUCGCACCGCCGCUCCUCACACAGGAGGCUACAUACUGUAUAUAUUGUAUAACUGUACUGAGGAAAAGUUACAAGAUCAGCUUGUAUCAUUACACAGCAGCUGUAAUGCCAUGGCAACGGUGGGGCCUUUGGUCCUGGUCUCUGAGAAUCACUCUUACUGAUGUACAGAGCUUUUCCUUUUGUUUUCUUGCUAAAACAAGAAUCACGAGCGGAGAAUUAGGUAUUAAUAAAUUAAAUGUAUCUCAAUUCAUUCAUUGUAUUUUAAAUAAAUAAAUAAUCCAUAUGUUUUAUCUUUA